AUGGACAAUGUACCCAACGAUUUUCCUGACAUAAGGACGGAUCUUUUGGCAGACUUCCACGCUUAUCAUGCCGCUUGUGGCAAGCUUUGGGAACUUGAACAACUAAAUACGCGUCGACUUGAUUGGAUCAAAACUAUCUCGCAACUUAUUAACGUCAUACAAGUUAUUAACGACGCGGAACAGCGACAUAGCCAAACACUCAAGGAGCUGAACAAUUUGCGGCGAACAGCGAAACAAAAACAAGUGCCUUUUUCGUCAUCGAGAUCAAGCGGUCUUAGGCCCGUUGCUGUUCGUGCCGGUAAAACAGCCGUUAAAUCUAGCUUGUCAACAAAUACCCCUAUUAAAGCAUUUCCUUCUAAAACAAGUACUCCUGUCUCAGCACGUGUGACAACACCAUCUAGCGUGCGCAAGACGCUACUCAAAGCAACAAACACACCACAGAGUGUGUCUGCCAAAACACGGUCUAUUUUUGAGGAUGAUGACGACAACGAGGAUGAUGCAUUGCCCGAUCUCAAAACAGUUGUCCGCCCAAAAAUCCAACUAAAGCGUAAAAAUUUAGAAACCUCCGCGCACGAUUCGUCUCCGUCAAUACAAACGGACGAUGAGUUUACUUCGCCUAUUUACAAACGGAUCAAACAGACUCAAGAACGCAAUUCUGUCUCAUUGAAAGCUCCAGCACCCAUAGGUAUCAGUCCUCUGAAGCGACGUAAUGAGAAUUUGAAAAGCGGUAUCUUUGGCCGCUGA